UAGGUAUGUGACUAUCCGGCUCUGAGAACCAGCCGUGCUGGCACUAAUUAGUUGUGACGUAAUUAAGUGUUUUCCCCAGGGCGGCAUUUCUGACCACGCUAUAUAGGGCGCUUUUUGAUUGGCUGGGUGUGGGAAAUCCUUGUGGAAAAUACCCUCUGACGUAGCCGAAUAUAUUAAUAUAUUACCUCGUUUUCGAUUUUUUACAAUCGCUUGAAAAUUGACGAUAUUACGAGUUGUUUUGUUACGAAGUGAGAAUUUUAGUCGUGGAACGGUGCAAAUUGCGGUAUCAAGUAAUAAAUAAACCCUAGAAUAUCAUAAUACGAGUUAUUUUGUUACGAAGUGAGAAUUUUAGUCGUGGAACGGUGCAAAUUGCGGUAUCAAGUAAUAAAUAAACCCUAGAAUAUCAUAAUAUAAUGCCUCCAUCAAAGAAGAAAAGAAAGCUGAACCCAGACGCUGAACCUGGAAUAGCAAGGUCUUAUCUGAAUGAGACAUUUUGUGUUAUCCCUGCUGGGAAUAAACUUCAAAAUGGACAUGUCUUGUAUAUUUUUUUGCUACAUGACUCGAGCGUGUCAAACGCUGAACGUGCAGUAAAGGAGACAUUCAGUGAAGAAGAGCGUUCUGCCAUUCCAAUUUUAAAGGGGAAAAUCACUUCUUUAGUGCAGCGGACAAUAAAGAAAUAUAAGAGGCUAACAAAUGAGAGUGAGAUGCAGAAAUUCAAGGAUUGUUGUUGGGAAGAAUUUUCAACAGAAGUAAUAUGUAGAAAACGUUUACAACCAGAACCACCAGGCACACCUAAAACUCCGAAUUCAAGUUCCAGUUCCUCGUCUCACAAGAACUGUUCAAACUGUGUGAAACUUCGUGGGCGUCUGUACAAGGCUAUUCAACGUCAAAAAGAGAUGCAGGAAGCGCACUCUGCUCAAAUUGAAGAAUUCAGAAGAAAGUUGAGUAAGAAGAAUGCUAUCAGGGUCAUUAAUCAGAAAUUAAAAAGAAAACUUAACCGUGUUAAGGAACUUGAUGAAUCAGAUUCUUCUGGUUUGGGAGCAAAACUGAAAAAAUUGAGAGAUGUCGUGAAACAGAAGAAAAAACAGUGUAAAAGAUUAAAGAUAGAGCUCAGUGAAAAAACUAGUUUUAUUGUUGAUGAAUCUGCCAAAGAAAUCUCAGUACUUAAGAAUAAGGUAAAAGCGCAAGAUGAAGAGAUUAGUUUUCUGCAAAACGACGUAGCUGUGCUUGAAGAGCAGAUUGAAGACAGCGAAGAUUCCUCCACCUCAGACAUUUUUGAGAAACAAGGAAAGAUGUACUCUUUACAAACACGUCUCUUUGUAUAUGACGCCAUUACAAAUCAAGUACCAACUGCUAAUGUGCCUAAACUUUUAGAUAAGUUUGUACAGAGGACUGGUGCCCAACUUGACAAAGUUCCCCACCGCAAUACGGUAGAAAUGAUGGUGCGAGAAAUGGGGUUGAUAUCUCAGCUUCAAGCAGCCGAAACUAUCUUGGCCAAUCCAGAUUCAACCUUGGGAUUCGAUGCAACGACCCAGCAAGGCAUUCACAUCAACAGCAUCCAUAUGACUUUUAAAAAAAAUUCAGACAGUUGCCUUGUCAUUGCAGUAGACCACCUACCAGGUGGGACGGCUGAGGAUUAUUCCCAGCACAUAAUUUCUUCCAUUAAUGAACUGGCAGUUGUUUACGCCGACUUUUACCAAAAGGACUAUCAAACAGUUUCAAAAUCUUUGACAGCAAAUAUUGCCAACAGUAUGACCGACAGGUGUGCUUCUAAUCAUGCUGCUAUUCGUCUUAUUAAUGCAGCAUGGAACACUUCACUAAACGAACUGAACUGCCAUCUUCACCCACUUGACACUGUUGCAUCAAAAGUUAGAGCGGCGUUGAAAUCACUUCAACAAGAAAAGGGCCACGAGAAGGGAAAGCUGUUUGGACAAGAUUGUCUUGCCGCAAAUGUCAUUUUGCAAUUGAAUAAAGUUCGUUUUAAGGAUGGGAAAGGCGACCCAAUGGGUUUUAAAAUAUUUCUUGAGGAAAUGGGACUAGGGAAGGGAUUUAUCCCCCGAUACAGGGGAAAUCGCCUUCAUGUACUUUUCCAUCUUGCUGGCAAAUACUUCGUUUAUCAUGCUGAUUUCCUCAAGUUUUUGAAUUCCCGUACUUCUCUUGGUGGCUUGCGAUCGAGUUUGAUGCUAGAUUUUGAAAAUUCAGUUACAAAGUUGGAGCUGCAGGUUCUGGGGUUGAUUGGGAAGUUGUUCUCUGGACCCUGGAUGAAGAUGUUUUACACUUCGGCAGACACAGAAAUACAUCACAUCAGAGGGAUUAAGACUGUAGAAGAGGUCUUAAAGCGUGUUAAACUCCAGGAAAAGAACCCCACCACCAUUCUUUCUCGUGAGAAUGAUUUCUUUGAUAAUAUCCUAGAAAAAGACCCGAUACUGUGUGCUUUACAACAAGAGGUACCAUCCGACACAACCUUGUUUGCUGAAAUGGUGAAAGUUUGUUUAGGGGCAAUCGUGAUAGUGCUAGAGAGACAAUAUGAGAAGUAUUUUAACCUCGACAUCACAGACGAAUUGGAGAAGCAAACAGAGUCGGCCAGGUCGCACAAUAUAGAUGCAGAGGAGGUAAUGGGGAUGUUUUCGGCAGCAAAACAGAAAGCUCAGAAUGCGACUCUGUGUUUCCUCUCAUCCAAAAUCAGGGCGCAGAAAAACCGUGUAAUUGAUUUUCUAGACAACAUGGGUGGUGAUAAAAGAGAGAAGGUUGUUCAGUUUGCGGUGACGUAUUCGAGAAAACAGAGAGAAAGAAAGAAAACUAAGCAGAAGGAUGUGAUGGUGGAAAUAAAAAGAAGAAAUGCCUUACAACAAGAGAAAAAAAACAUGACAGAACUAAGAAAAAUGGAAAAGAAAUUAAAAACCACUGAUACAGAUCCAAUUUCUCUGGCUGAAGCAUUUCCUGGCACUGAUAAAGGGAUUCUGGAUGAUUUGGGGGAUAUAUUGGAGGGUAAAGUCGUUGGCAAAGACCUUUGUCACUACUGGUUUGACACAGACAAGGGCGUUAAAGAACUGUAUUAUGGAAGAAUAGAGAAACUCCGGAAGAAUGGCAUCGUUUAUCGUGUGUGUUACUGGGCUGAGGGGGAGACUUUCGAUGAUGGAGAGUCGUACGACAUUUCGAAAUAUUCCCUUGCUUCUGAUCUAAUCUUAAGUGACUUGAUUUUGUGUUAAGACUAGACAACAGACUCAUCUGAGUACUAAAUUUCAUCUUAUUAUAUGGUACGACUGGUGAUAUUUAUCUGUAACUGUGCAUGUAUUAGUGUUUUUGAACAGCUAUCUUUUAGUAGAAAUUUCAAUGAAAAAGACCAAGUAUUAAGGAAGUUAUGACAUUUCGAAAUAUUCCCUUGCUUCUGAUCUAAUCUUAAGUGACUUGAUUUUGUGUUAAGACUAGACAACAGACUCAUCUGAGUGCUAAAUUUCAUCUUAUUAUAUGGUACGACUGGUGAUAUUUAUCUGUAACUGUGCAUGUAUCAGUGUUUUUGAACAGCUAUCUUUUAGUGGAAAUUUCAAUGAAAAAGACCAAGGAAGUUAUGAGCAUUUUUAUGACCUGGUUAAGACUGGAUAACGGACUCAUCUGAGUGCUAAAUUUCAUCUUAUUAUAUGGUACGACUGGUGAUAUUUAUCUGUAACUGUGCAUGUAUUUGUGUUUUUGAACAGCUAUCUUUUAGUAGAAAUUUCAAUGAAAAAGACCAAGUAUUAAGGAAGUUAUGAGCAUUUUUAUGAUUUGGUUAAGACUAGACUACGGACUCAUCUGUGUGUAGGAAUUCAUCUUAUUAUAUGGUAUGACUGGUGAUAUUUAUCUGUAAUUAAGAGAUUAACUGUGCAUGUAUUAGUGGUUUUGAACAGCUAUCUUUUAGUGAAAAUUUCAAUUAAAAAGACCAAAUAUUAAGGAA